AUGAUGGCUGCUAGAGGCGGAGGGUUUGGCGGCGGCGGCUAUCGAUCGAACACAGGCAGAGAUGUGCACAAGUAUGAGCGCACUGGCAAUGGCUACUCUUGGGACAACUUCGCACCUCCGCCAUUGACCUGCCGCCCCAAACUCUUCUGCUGUGCGGUGGCGGAGAGUAAUCCUGCUCACUUGCCACGCACUUUUGUCAAUCCAGGCCGCCAUCUGAUGAAUCUCCAGCUGCGAACCUUUCUCGAGUGUGCGGAUAACCCUGACCAUAGCUUCCCGAAAUGCGAGGUUUCCCACGUUGUCGAGGUCACCACGAGAGUGCUCCAAGGUCCCUCGGUCCCGUCGCACGGCGAUCCAGUUCCAGAACAGUGGAAUGUCGGACCACGGGUGGCCUCGGGCUAUUCCAUGAGUGCAAAUACACCACCGCUGGACGAAGAGGAAAAGAACACGAUGAUUUGCGAUGACGAAGAGCUGGAAAGCCGCGAAAGUGAAGUCCCCUACAGCACCUACCAGAGCAUGGCAACGAGACACUUUGUCACCCAGAACAGCAACAACGCAUGGCAAAUCCCACCACACUCUCGACAAUACCGCGAAGCCCAUGGAGAUGCAUCUCACGGAAGAGCUGGAGUGGAAAGAUAUAUCGAGAUACCACCGUUCAAGACAUUGCCAUACACCUCCGAAGGUACUUCGGGAGGAGCGUCUUCAGGUGCAGGGACACGGACAUGGGUACCUUCUUGCAGCUUGUUGAUGUGGUGCGGCCAGCACAACACCUUCUACGAAGUGCAUGUGUUGUCUUAG